GGAGACGCGAACGACGAGGUAAAUGAAGCAGGCUCACCUCGCGGAGGCAUAAGGAUUUUGUUGCAUCACGCGGGGUGAUAAUGGACCUGCCCCAAGCGCCGCAGAUUGUAGUGAGCAGGACAGAUGGCCAGGAGGAAACGGACUGCGCAGGAGGCGUAGAUUUUCCCACGGAUGAUCAUCUAAUGACUUUGAAGGCCUUGACAGAGAAACUGAGACUCGAGACCAGGAGGCCUUCGUACCUGGAGUGGAAAGCCCGGCUGGAAGCCGAGCGCUUCAGCAAGGCAGGAAGUGGACAGGAGCCCGGCCAGGUGGCGCCCGACGGCAAACAAGCCGCUGCCAAAGAGAGUGAAGUGAACUCAGACGUGAAUCGGUGCAGCCUGCCGUCAGGUGCGUCGAAGAAGUUCAGCAGCAUCGACGAAGCUCUCGUCUGGCUCCGAAGGGAACUGACAGACAUGCGACUGCAGGACCAGCAGCUUGCGCGGCAGCUCAUGCGGCUGCGCAGCGACAUCAACAAGCUGAAGAUCGAGCAGACGUGCCACCUGCACCGCCGCAUGCUCAACGACGCCACCUUCGGCCUGGAGGAGCGGGACGAGCUGUCGGACCUGCUGUGCGAAUGCCCCGUCACGCCCGGCCUCGGCCUCUCGGCGCCGCUGAGACUCAUCGGCGUCACCAAGAUGAACAUUAACUCGCGCCGUUUUUCUCUCUGCUGAUUGCUGUGCUUCACUUUCCGGUUUUAGAUAUUUAGGUUACUGUGACACGAAUGAGUAGUUGUGGGUUUUAGACUAAAGUAUUUUCAAGAACGUCAUUGUUCUCUAAUUAAAAUUAUAUAGUCAUACUGCUACUGAAUACCUAAAGUGGUUCUGUAUGUGUUCUUCAAAUCAGCCCAAGAUUGAGCAAAUGCAUAAUUAAAUAUCAGUGUAUGUAACUAUUCAAAAAUUGGUUUAAAUGGAAUCCUGUAUGUCUAUUUCAGUUUGACGCAGCAAGCAGUCAUGUCAAAGUAUCGUUCAUUAUCUGUAUAACCAUUUCAGAUUCCACUGCCUGAGACAAAAACAUGGUUCAGUUUAAUGGAUAAACAUUGAAGUAGGAUGUUUAGAACUCUGUAGGCGGGCGGCGGUCUUGUUAUGGCCCGGCAUGAUUUGCUGGAGUUGCAUUUAUAAUUGGAGAGACCACUGCAGGCAGUGGGUUUACUUUGUUCCACUGCUAACAUGCGAGUUGUACUCACAAAAGAACUCACUGAGCGCUCACUCUAUAAAAUCACCUGAAGUUCAGCAAAAAACUGACUGGGUGAAACCUGAUAUUCACUGUAAGUGCUUCUAUGUUCCUACAGAUGUAGGCCACUGGAAAUAAAUCAUCCUUCAAAAGA